AUGUCCCAUGUUACAAGACCACAUGCUGCCAUGUUCGCUAGCCCGGGAAUGGGACACGUCAUCCCGGUGAUCGAGCUCGGAAAACGCUUAGCCGGAUCCCACGGCUUCCACGUCACCAUCUUCGUCCUCGAAGCCGACGCAGCCUCCGCUCAAUCGCAAUUCCUCAACUCACCUUGCUCCGACAAGACCCUUGUUGACGUCGUCGGCCUCCCGUCUCCGGAUAUCUCCGGUUUAGUGGAUUCGUCAACCAACAUCGGGAUCAAGCUCUUGACCAUGAUGCGUGAGACCAUUCCAACCCUCCGAUCAAAGAUCGCGGAGAUGCAGCACAAACCAACGGCUCUGAUCGUAGACUUGUUCGGCAUGGACGCGUUGCGGCUCGGUGGCGAGUUCAACAUGUUGACUUAUAUCUUCGUCGCUUCAAACGCACGUUUACUCGCGAUGAUAAUUUAUUUCCCAACGCUGGAGAAAGACGUCGAAGAAGAUCACAUAAUCAAGAAGAAACCUUUGGCUGUGCCUGGAUGUGAACCGGUUCGGUUUGAGGAUACUCUUGAAACAUUCCUUGACCCGACCGCCGAGCUAUACCGGGAAUUUAUUCCUUUUGGUUUAGUUUUCCCAACCGUUGAUGGUAUUAUUGUGAAUACAUGGGAUGAUAUCGAACCCAAAACGUUGAAAUCUCUUCAAAACCCAAAGCUCUUGGGUCGGAUCGCUCGUGUGCCGGUUUAUCCAGUUGGUCCUUUGAGCAGACCGGUUGAUCCAUCGAAAACCAAUCAUCCGGUUUUAGAUUGGUUAAACAAACAACCGGACGAGUCGGUGCUUUACAUCUCAUUCGGAAGCGGCGGCUCACUCACGGCUAAACAGCUAACCGAACUGGCUUGGGGGCUCGAGCUAAGUCAGCAACGGUUCGUUUGGGUGGUCCGACCGCCGGUAGACGGUUCGGCUUGCAGCGAGUAUUUCUCGGUUAACAGCGGUGAAAUACGAGACGGUACGCCGGAUUAUCUACCGAAAGAAUUCGUAAACCGGACUCAAGAAAGAGGCCUCGUGGUCUCAUCGUGGGCCCCUCAAGCCGAGAUCCUGGCCCACCAAGCCGUUGGAGGGUUUCUGACUCACUGCGGGUGGAAUUCGAUUCUCGAGAGCGUUGUUAGCGGCGUUCCGAUGAUUGCUUGGCCGCUUUUCGCGGAUCAGAUGAUGAAUGCGACGCUUCUCAACGAGGAGAUUGGAAUCGCCGUCCGAUCUAAGAAACUUCCGUCCGAGGAAGUUGUUUCAAGGGCGGAGAUCGAUGCCUUGGUGAGAAGGAUUAUGGUGGAGGAGGAAGGUUGCGAGAUGAGAGAGAAGGUUAAGAAGCUGAGGGACACGGCGGAAAAAUCACUGAGUUGCGACGGUGGAUCGGCGCACGAAUCGCUGUCGAGAGUGGCGAACGAGUGUGACCGUGUUUUGGAGCGUUCUAGAAGAAUGGCUCGUGGUGCCUAG